AUGUGUGAAAAAUAUGAAAAGAAAAAAUUAGUUUUUAUGAGUAGUGCAACAGUUUAUGGAGUGCCUAAAGAAUUGCCGGUAACUGAGAAUAGCUCUACUGGGGUUGAUAUUACAAAUCCUUAUGGUUGGGCUAAAUUUAUGGUUGAACAAAUACUUCGGGAUGUUUGUAAAAGCUCUAAGGAUUGGUGUAUAAUAAUUCUGAGAGCAUUUGAUCCUGCUGGUGCCCAUCCAAGUGGACUUUUAGGAGAUGAUAUAAAUUCUGAAGGCCCAAAGCAUUUAAUGCCUUUAAUUGCUUCCGUUGCUCUUGGAAAAAGAAAAGCAAUAAAUAUUUGUGGAAAUACAUUUCCAACACGUGAUGGUUCUGGAAGUAGAGAUUUUGUUCAUGUUUGUGAUGUAGCUUUAGCUAUAGUAAAGUCUGUUGAAAGAAUUGAAUUUUUUAAUGAAAAUAAAGAAGAAAAUAAAGAAUAUUUUAAUGAAAAUGGAAAAAUAAUUGGUGAAGGAGAAAAUGAAAAUUAUAUUGAAGUUGGUAAAUAA